CACUUCAUACCUCAAGCAGCUGACUAGCUCUAACUUUAAUCAUUUCAGUUUUGCCGAAGCAAGCAUCCAAACCACUGCCCGGGUGGUUGAUUUAGAAUUAUUUUCUUGUCUCUAAUGUAAAAAUGUAAUAUUAUAAUAGCAACAGCGAGUAAACUACAUAACUUAUUCUCGGUCAGUCCAGUAAACUUUUGAAGGGGCUUAGCUUAUAUUAGCAUAGCAUCAGCUAACAGCUGCGUGGAUGUGUGCGCAUUUAACGUUAGCCUGUAGCCUAGCUACCUGGUCAGGAAUCAUCCAUUUCUACAACUGACAGUCCGAUUCGACCCGUUACUUUCGUGGAAGGAGUGGACAAGCUCUGGUAUCAAGUCAAAUGUUAAGGUUUUAGUGAACAGCGGACAAUGGAACAAGACAACAACUCUGAGGAUGACUCAGUAGGCCCAGCAGAAGAUGACACACAACCUCAAUUUCCUCUUGGACUCUCAGACUCCGAGGCGGUGGAAGUGUUGUGGCAGGUUCGGACCCAGCGACGGCAGAAGGAGCCUGAUCUGCCAGAAACUGUGACGCGUCUCACCACACCUGACGGUAGUGUCGUGUACCUGGUUGGCACUGCCCACUUCAGUGACAGCAGUAAGAAGGAUGUUGCCACUACAAUCCGAGCGGUUCAGCCUGAUGUUGUAGUGGUGGAGCUGUGCCAGUACAGAGUAUCCAUGCUUAAAAUGGAUGAGAAAACGCUGCUAAAAGAAGCUAAAGACAUUAACCUGGAGAAGGUCCAGCAGGCCAUUAAACAGAACGGAGUGAUGUCUGGCCUCAUGCAGAUACUGCUGCUCAAAGUCUCGGCUCACAUUACAGAACAGCUGGGCAUGGCCCCUGGAGGAGAGUUUAGAGAAGCCUUUAAGGAGGCAGGAAAAGUGCCCUUCUGUAAAUUUCACCUUGGGGAUCGGCCCAUUCCAGUAACCUUUAAGCGUGCAAUAGCUGCUCUCAGUCUAUGGCAGAAGGCUCGUCUGGCCUGGGGCCUGUGCUUCCUCUCUGACCCCAUCAGUAAGGAGGACGUUGAGAAAUGCAAACAAAAGGAUCUUCUGGAGCAGACCAUGUCAGAGAUGAUCGGCGAGUUUCCAGCCCUCCACCGCACUAUUGUUGCAGAACGAGACAUCUACCUCACACACACACUUCGACAGGCAGCGCGCUGUGUGGAGGCGCCUCCUACUGCUGAGAAAGUGCCUGCUGUGGUGGUCGGGGUGGUUGGCAUGGGUCAUGUGUCUGGCAUUGAGAGGAACUGGGAUAAAGAGCUCAACAUCCAUGAAAUCAUGAGCGUGGCUCCACCUUCUCGUCUCGGCAGGGUGGUACGCACCGUGUUAAAGGGGGCCAUGUGGGGGCUUCUAGGUUAUGCCUGUUACCGUGCCAGCAAGGGUGUGGGCAGAGCGUUACUUUCCUUACCGACUGUCCAAUCAUUGCUUCAGAAUAUACGAACACCUUCCGUUUGACCCUUCUUUUAUCUGUACAGACUUUCAGCAGUGAGCACCAAUAGCCUUAACUCUACAGGAUGCUGGUCGGGUGAAGAGGAAGAUUUUAGAGCAAAAACCGUCUCCAUCCUAUAUGAAAUGAAACCGUAUGGAUGGAAGCCUCUCUCUUUCGCCUUCUCAACCUUCUGUCCAUCAGCUCUGUAGACUCAGAGCUGUACUGCCAAAGAAGUGGAGCGUGCUUUCAUUUUGCUUUUCGACCCAUUAGGAGUUCAGUUGCAGCAAGAUUCCCAUGUUAUCACCCAACUUGAUUGAUCAUGCUGGGAUUUAAUCAUCUGGUUGGCCAAAUGAUUGAGUGCAGAGUUCAGCAGUCCAGCGUUGUUACUCCUUGUGAGUCGAUAUUUUUACUCUGAAGACUACUCCAACCUUAAUCUGUAGUGCAUUAAGAAUGAGUAUUAAGAAAAGCUCAUCUUUUUUCAAUUCAAGUGACUAACGGCCAAUUCAUACUGCACCGCCAGAUGCUGACUAACGGAUACAGGCACUUUAAUGGGUUUUGUUGGAUCAGUGUGUGUGUGUUGGCAUACAUUUUUGUUGAUUUAUGUUCAUGAAAUGUUUAGAUCAGGGAUGUCAAACUCAAUUCCUAGAGGGCCGCAGUACUGCACAGUUUAGUUUCAACCCUAAUUAAACAUAGCUGAUCAAACUAAUUAAGUCUUUCAGUCUUGUUUGAACCUAUAUGGUAAGUGUGUUGAAGCAGGGCUGGAGCUAAUCUGUGCAGGGCUGCGGCCCUCCAGGAAUUGAGUUUGACAUCCCUGAUUUAGAUGCUCAUGAAAUGUCUGGGAAAUGAUGUACAGUAAUCUGGUUUGUUGGUUCAGUGUGAAUUGUACGGUGGCUGAGAGAGUUUAACAUGCUGCAAU